GGAAGAUGUUGCCGUCCCCUGAUAUCCGCCAACGCGAUCCAAUUCAAAUUCCAGUAAAGAAUGUUGUCAUGCACGCGCCACGUGCACACUAAUCUCUCCUCCCCCCUCCUAAAUACCUUGACGCGCCGCCUGUUAUUUUUCCGCUCCCUCACGUCUCUUACCUGCUCUUCUUCGCUUCCGUCGCCCAAAAGUUUCUCCUCUCGCUUUCUGCCGCCUACUUUGUCCACAGCUCCAAGAAUGGGAUCAUUCUCCGCCUUUGACGGGCUUUUGCAGUACCCCGUUGCUCGUCGGAACGAGUCUGUGGUUGACAAUUAUCAUGGUGUUAAGGUCCCAGACCCUUAUCGAUGGCUUGAGGACCCUGAUUCAGCGGAGACAAAAGAGUUUGUGGAAAAGCAGAUGAAAUUGACGGAUUCUGUGCUUAAGACCUGCGAAACAAGGGAAAAGCUUCGUGAAAAGCUUACCAAAUUAUAUGACUUUCCCAAGUAUACUGCUCCAUUUAGGCAAGGUGACAAGUACUUUUACUUCCAUAACACCGGCCUACAACCACAAACAGUCCUAUAUGUUCAGGAUAGUUUGGAUGGGAAACCUGAGGUUUUGCUUGAUCCAAACACUCUAAGUGAUGAUGGGACUGUAGCACUGAGUGCAUACGCGGUUAGUGAGGAUGCAAAGUACUUGGCCUAUGGCACUAGUUCAAGUGGGAGUGAUUGGGUUACCAUUAAAGUUUUGCGGAUUGCUGAUAAGAGCACUGAGCCGGAUACCAUUUCAUGGGUUAAGUUUUCAAGUAUUAGUUGGACACAUGAUAGCAAGGGUUUUUUCUAUAGCCGUUAUCCAGCUCCUAAGGAAGGGGAGAAGUUGGAUGCUGGAACUGAGACUCAAGCGAAUCUAAACCAUCAAAUUUAUUAUCAUUUUUUGGGUACUGACCAGUCUGAAGAUAUCUUAUGCUGGAGCGAUCCAGAAAAUCCUAAACAUACCCUCUCUGCUUCAGUCACAGAGGAUGGGAAGUACGUUCUUCUGUAUAUUGGAGAAAAUUGUGAUCCUGUGAACAAGGUUUAUUACUGUGACCUAUUAUCACUUCCCAAAGGACUUGAAGGUUAUAAGGGGAAAAAAGAAUUGCUUCCUUUUGUCAAGCUUGUUGACAAGUUUGACGCUUCCUAUGAGUAUGUUGCUAAUGAUGACACGAUUUUCACCUUCCUCACUAAUAAGGAUGCUCCAAGAAACAAGCUAGUCCGAGUUGAUCUGAAAGAGCCUAGUUCGUGGACUGAAGUACUCCAAGAAGAUAAAAAAGACGUGCUUGAAUCUGCUACAGCUGUAAAUGGCAACCAAAUCAUAGUGAAUUAUUUGAGUGAUGUGAAAAAUGUUCUGCAAAUAAGGGAUCUAAAAACAGGUUCCCUUUUGCACCAUUUACCACUCGAAAUUGGGUCAGUAUCUGAGAUAUCUUCUCGACGCAAAGACAGCAUAAUCUUUGUUGGCUUUACAAGCUUCCUUAUCCCAGGCAUUAUAUAUACGUGCAACUUACAAGGCGAGGCCCCGGAUCUGAGAAUCUUCCGAGAAAUAGUUGUCCCUGGCUUUGACAGGAGUGAAUUUGAAGCCAGUCAGGUUUUUGUGCCCAGUAAAGAUGGCACUAAAAUCCCAAUGUUUAUAGUGGCUAGAAAGGGGCUUUCCUUGGAUGGAUCUCAUCCUUGUUUACUGUACGGAUAUGGUGGAUUUAAUAUCAGUAUUACACCAUAUUUCACCGCAAGCCGCAUUUUGAUCGCAAAGCAUUUAGAUGGUGUCUUUUGCAUUGCGAACAUACGCGGAGGAGGAGAGUAUGGGGAAGAAUGGCAUAAAGCUGGUGCGCUUGCAAAGAAGCAGAAUUGCUUUGAUGACUUCAUAUCAGCUGCUGAGUAUCUUGUCUCUGUUGGUUAUACCCAACCGAAGAAGUUGUGCAUUGAAGGUGGAAGCAAUGGGGGGCUCCUUGUUGGGGCUUGUAUUAAUCAAAGACCUGAUCUUUUUGGCUGUGCUCUUGCUCAUGUUGGUGUUAUGGACAUGCUAAGGUUUCAUAAGUUUACCAUUGGCCAUGCAUGGACCUCAGACUAUGGAUGUUCAGAUAAGGAGGAAGAGUUCAAUUGGCUAAUUAAGUACUCGCCCUUGCAUAAUGUUAGGAGACCUUGGGAUAAGACUUCUGAUAAAGCCACUCAGUAUCCAUCCACUAUGUUGUUGACGGCAGACCACGAUGAUCGUGUUGUCCCUCUGCACUCACUGAAGUUAUUGGCGACCAUGCAACACGUUCUAUGCACGAGUGUGGAGAAAAGUCCUCAAACCAACCCAAUCAUCGGGCGCAUAGAACAGAAGGCUGGACAUGGAGCUGGAAUGCCAACACAGAAAAUAAUUGACGAAGCUGCAGAUAGAUAUGCCUUCAUGGCUAAGGUGGUAGAUGCAUCCUGGAUCGACUAGACCUAAUGCCAUUUUGGGUGAAGUCUACAAAAUCUGGAAAUAAGUGAAAGAUGCUUUCUUCAUUGCUGCUGCUCUGCCUUGGGAAAAAGAAUGUAUACUAUGGGAGCCGACAUACUACUCGUAGGUGGAGUUGGUUUUAUGAAAAACAUACCAAGUAAUCAGAACAGUAUUGCUUCACAUUGCCCUUUAGCGUAAAUUAUGCCUGUCCAGGAUUUUUCACAUUAAAUUAUACGAAAAUCAUCAGUACGUCAACGAAUUCUUGGAGUCGACCUAAGAUAUAUAUAUAUAUAUAUAUUUUUCUUAUUA